AGCGCAAAACAUGGCGAAUAAAAAUCCAGCAUUUUAAAUUGAUAUAAAUUGCAUAUUUAUCGGGUGAUUGAGAAACAGUUGACUUGCGGAUCUCGUGCUAUCCAGGAUGAACUGCCUGAUGUACUUGGGCUUACUGGUGGUCCUUUUCCUAAUCGAAAAUGUUUGGUGCGACGAUAACGAGGGUCUGGUGGUAGCUCCUUCGCCCAACGAUGAUCGCGAAGGGGAGGACGAUAUCUCCCAGUAUGACAUGUACAAAAACACUGAUAUAGAUGUAUGCGCCAACGUUGCUGAUGGCGUCCACCUUCCCUAUGUCGGCAGCUGUAGCAUGUGGAUCGAGUGCGAGAAUAAUACCAUUAAGGAAACUGGAGAUUGCAAGGUGCAAGGGAGUGAUAUGUUAUUCGAUCCUGUCCAUCAGCUGUGCUCCCCUCCGAAAUACGUGCAGUGCCAGCCCACCUGCUCCGAAUUCACGCUAAGCAGUUUCUGCUAUGACAACACCUGCACCAAGUAUAUCCUCUGCUACUAUGGGCGCCCGGUUCUGAGGAAAUGCCACGACGGCCUCCAGUACAACAACAUGACGGAUCGCUGCGACUUCCCCCAGUACGUGGACUGUGUGGCCAACGAGUGCUCGGCAAUAGAACAGCCAGAGAACAUAACUUACCUGUCAAGCAAGGCCAGUUGCGACAAGUACUUCAUCUGCUCCGAUGGCCUAGCAUGGGAGCAGCAGUGUGCUGCCGGUCUCUACUACAAUCCCGAGUGCAAGUGCUGUGACUUCGCCAAAAACGUCAACUGUACCGUGGAUGCAGUAGCCCGGAACAUUCAGCCCUAUUACCGGUCGCCCCUGCGCCGCGCCGACAUCGAUUGCCCGAUGGUGGGAGUGAACUUCUAUCCACAUAAGUCCCGCCUGGAUGCUUAUUACUACUGUGUGGAUGGACAUGGCCUGACCCUGGACUGCACUCCUGGUCUUCACUUUGACCCGAAGGUUGGGGAGUGCCGCGAGCCGAAGUUUGUUGGCUCCUUAAAAUAAACGAUGCUAGUAUUUCUCUUGAAUGCUAUGUUGA